GGAUUACAUUUAUCGUAAAAUGUAGAAUUCACUGCAACUGAAAUGAGCAGUUGGGGGAAAAUAAAUAAAUAAAUAAAACGGACUACACACUACGUAUUCUGUGAAACGGGAUUUUCAGGAUGGAUUCAAAACCAAGUCGGAUUCCCCAAAGAUCAUCAUUUGUGAAACCUAGCCCAUUGUCAUCAUCUUCAUCAUCUUUAUCGUCGACCUACUCCCCUCUUCGGUCCAGCGGGCUCUACUCUGGUAGAGGGAGUGUCUUAAGCAAUGACUGUUACACAAGGGGUACCUCUGUGAAAUUGGAUUCAGAUUAUCAGGGCUCGAGAUUCCACAGUACUUCCAGAGACUACAGUAUUCCAGAAAGUCGUCCAAGCUGGAAACUUUCGUCUCCAUCUUCGGCUCUUUCUUCUGGAUCAUGGUCUGACACCUCUGUUGGAACCAGAAGUAAACUGGGUGAAUCUGAAAGACAUCAGGGAUCAUACUAUGGCCUUAUGAGUCCAACCCAAGAUAGUGAAUCCAAAAGACCUAAGCUUUCCUUUACAAGCAGUUCAUCAUAUUCUAGAAGUUCAUCUACUUCUGGGAUUGGCAGCAGCUACUCUAGCCUAAAUGGCAUUUCAGAUUCAUCAUGGAGGUACAGCCCAGGUUCAAGGUCUUCAUAUUCAACCACAGAAUUAAUACGUUCAAGAAGAGAACUGGACAAAAGAGCAGACCCAAGUCUUUCCAGCUUUGGAGAACAUAGCCACAGGAGUAGUGGUUUAUUAUCCUCACCAGCCUCAUCAUAUCUUCGGGACAGAGUGACUUCCUCUUAUGCCCAAGGAGCAAGGCCAAAGGAGAGUACAUUUACAUCUAUGAGGGUAAAUGGUUCAUCAGUGAAUGACCGUUUCCCAUCAGAAUACCAGUCCUCUCUGUUCAGCAGAGAUUCAAGCAGAAGCUUUGCUGGGUCUGCAAGCUCAGUUUCCUUUAGGGAUAUGGACUCGCCACAAAGAAUGACAUCAGAAGCCCGGAACACACGUGCUAGAUCUUGCGCUUUGUAUGUGCCAAAGCCAGAAAGAAAUGCAUCAUCAUCAACACCCCCACCACCUCCUCCUCCACCCCCACAAAGGCAACUCGGUGAAUCUGGGGAUUCGGAAGGCCGAUUGACAACCAGACAAUUAUUGUCCCGUCUAGCUUCCAGUAUGUCUACUACCUUCUUCUCAAGAAGGUCAAGCCAGGACUCCUCCUCUAGUUCGAGCUCCAGGUCUUCUGAAGCACCGUUGGAAGAUUAUGUUCCAAGGGGUGAAAGUUCUUCCCAGAGCAGUGACGGCAGAAACAGUAGUCCUGAUGAUUCAGAAAGAAGAGCUUCUGAUUCCUCUCAGGUGUUUCCAUUUCUUAGACGCAGAAGGCAAGGUUUAUCACCAGUAGUAGAAACCCACAGUUCAGAUUCAGACCCUGAAACUUCAAGAUCAACUGCAUCUGAAAGCAGAAGCUCGAGUUCAUGGUUGUCGUCUUCAUUUAGAAACAGAUGCACACCGCUUUUUUCACGAAGGAGGAGGGAAGGAAGAGAUGAGUCUGCACGAAUGGCUGCCGGAUCUGAUGAAACACAAGGGAGCACUCUUUAUCCAUUGAGAAGGUAUUCUUUUGAAACUGGUGGAGAGCAAGAACGUGAAUCUCAAGGGGCUGCAGCAGCUACUCCACCUCCUGCUGCAUCAAACAUGCCUUUGCAAGGUGUGUCCCAAGCUCAACGAAACCCAAGAAUUUCUGGGAUUGUUCCCAACUCUUUGUUUCGUCUUGCCAUGCCACCUAGCCUUGACAGCACGCUGCCUGAUGAUGCAAUGAUCACUGUAGACAUCAUGGCAGCAGGUAGAUCUGAGCCUGACGGACAGUCUCAAGAAAAUGACAAACCUGCUCCCUCCAGGGAUCCAGAGAAACUGAAGAAAAUCCAAGAGAGCCUCCUUUUAGAGUCUUCUGAUGAAGAGGAGGGAGACUUGUGCCGAAUUUGCCAGAUGGGAGAAGGAUCGCCUUCAAACCCUUUGAUAGAACCUUGCAAGUGCACUGGCAGCUUGCAAUUCGUUCAUCAGGAGUGUAUGAAGAAGUGGUUGCAGUCUAAAAUCAACUCUGGUUCUGACUUGGAUGCUAUAACUACAUGUGAGCUAUGUAAACAGAAGCUUCAUCUUCACAUUGAAAACUUUGAUAUUGAUGAACUAUAUAGAACACGCUCAAAUGAACGGGCAGAGUAUGAGUUUAUCAGCUGUGGCCUCUACCUCGUUGUCUUGCUGCAUUUGUGCGAGCAGCGAUUUUCUGACAUGUUGGGAGCUGCCAGUGAGGCAAGUGCUCAUGCUGGGUUCAUCAACCUUGCAAGAACCCUUCACGCGCACAUGGAUGAGCUUGAAAGCUCUUACGAGGAAUCUGAAGAAGAAGUUGAGAAUGACAGUAGACCAUCGUUUGAUUUUGAGGAGGAGGAAGACGCAUAUUAAGUUUGAGAGCAUUGAUAGGACAGUUUAGCAUUGGACUGUGCUUUACAUUUCUAUCAACUUUGUUAAAAUUGAUCGUUUAUCAUUGUGGUUCUGAAAAUGGUCUGAACCACAAUGAAGAACAAAUAUACAUAAAUGUCAUAAAUAAGAGAAAGAUGUUUUGUUUCAAAGCUAGUUGUAUGGUGGGCUAUAUAAGAAGUUUGAGGUGUUGGGAAUAUUUAAAUGUUAAGUUGUUGUCUAUUUGGGUGCCUCAAAUGUGUGUGCAUUUCAGUUUAAUUUCUUACCAAUGUCAAUUUCCUAAAUGCUCAACUUACUUGGGCUGCGGACACCUGUUUCAUUAAGUACAUCAUUUAUUGACUUGAGUAUUUAAUUUGUUUAUGAAUUCCUUAUUAAAUAGCAAUGUACAGUUAAAUCAGCAAAUUCUGAAUGUUACUUUUUACUUUGUGUUAGAUUACACAUUGUGAAUUUUGAACAAUCUGAGUUUAAAUUGUACAGGUUAGUUUUGCUGCAAUUAGUGUACAUGUUGACCAAUGUAAAUGAGGGAGCUUUUUGUCAACAGAACAAGAUCAUUUUAAUAAGAUUGCAUAAAAAUUGUUUUGUGUUUUUUUUUUUCUCCGUGUUAGACACUUUUGCAGAGGCAUAAGUCUUCAGUAUUAAGUAAUGGUGACUUUUAAGGUUUUGUGAAGAAAAUGCCUUAUUUUGUUUGGGUUUUAUCAAAGAAUAAAAAGGUAUUGUGUUUGGCUUGAGUCUAGAAUUUUUUAAAGCUGUACCUGCCCCCUUGGUCAGGAUUGUUUUCAAAUAUAUUGGCUGUAGUAUGAUGGCUCUUAAUAUCAUGAUUUAAGGAAUCUUCGAUUUUGUUAUAACAAAAUAAUGAAGUGAUAAUGAGCAACCAGGACCAUUCUAGUAAAGUUUUAAGUUUAAGUUUGUUUAGAGAGUCUCUGGAAUUCAUCAGCUAUUUGUCAGUUUACUGCCAGUUCUAUGUUCUGGGCAAAUACUAUAAAUUACUAGUUAACAAUUUAACUAAAUGUUUCCAGAAAAGCAGCUUUAUAAUUAAUUCUGGAUUUAGCUCAAAUUUAAGAUUAAAUGUAAUUAUU